GAAAGGCAGACAGGCCGAGUGAACAAAGGCAAAAUGCUGCCUGUGUUUUCGGGGAAGUUAUGCCAUUGCCUUAGCAUAGCUCGGUUACCUUCUAUCCUGUUUCUUGGAGUUAUUUAUGUAGCAUAUGUCCUUAUCGGAGGGCUGGUCUUCUGGAAGCUGGAAGGAUGGAAUGUGUUGCAGCAGAUUGAUCAACUGAAGGAUAAGAGAAUGAAACUGCUCGUGAGGUACCCUUGUUUGGGUCAGAGUGGCCUCCGAGAACUGGCAGAGAUGAUUAAAUCUGCUUCCAUAAGUGGACUGAGUCCAGACAGCAAUGACACCGCUGAUGGCUUCUGGAAAUUUACCAGCUCAUCUGUGUUUGCGGCUACAGUAGUCACAACUAUUGGCUAUGGGAAUAUAAUUCCACUCACAACUGCUGGUCAGAUAUUUUGUGUGUUUUAUGCUCUUUUUGGGAUUCCCCUGAAUGUGGUGAUCUUAAACAGGGUUGGAAAGUACAUGUUGGCCAUUGAGAGGAAUUUUUGCAACUUUCUUGAGAAAAAGAUUGAUCGAGGGAAAUGUGUGCGGAUAUCCAUCCACAGUUUAUCAUUUGUGACAUCAGCAUUCCUGUACUUUGUGGUUCCUAUGCUGCUCUUUCAACAGUACGAGGGAUGGACUUACUCGGAAGCAAUUUACUACUGUUUCAUUACACUCAGCACCAUUGGAUUUGGGGACUACGUUGCAGAUCACAACCCAGCAAUACACUACCCAGAGUGGUACAGUUAUCUGAUGGCAGCCUGGAUAUUCUUUGGCAUGGCGUGGCUCGCUCUACUCAUCAAUCACUCCAUUGAUUUACUGGAGAGUUUUAAUGCUUACAUGAGAGGAAGACAAGGCGGAGACCAACAAAUGCAUGUGGAUGAGGUCAAAGGUCAGCCGGAAAAAGGACUAAAGGGAGAGGGAACAUGAGCUUUGAAUUUAACAGCAGUACGGAAAACACCAGGUUACUGUAUCUACUGUAUAAACACAGUUCUACUUAUCAUUAUGUAAUAUGUGGUUAGUUAAUAUUAAUUAUUAAAGUAAUACAUAAAUGUUUAAAAUAUUCUUUAAAGGUUAACAGUAAAUUUGAUUUAAUUGUUUUCAAAUUGUUCAUAGUUUCUUCUAAAAAGAAUGUGCUAACUGUUUUGGGCAGCCAAGAGCACAUCACUUAGUCUAAAGUAUAUACUAUAGAUAAAACUACGAUUACAUUUGAAAUCACCUUUCUGAAUGGCACUGCUGGGUUUAAAAUCUGUUCUAAAGUUUUCUAUUACUCUUUUUGUACUUGCCUUUUCAUUGACAAUGACAGUUACUGUCAUCACACCACACACCAACAUAUAUUACUUUUUGCUGUAUGAAAUCAGUUUGUUCAAUACAUUUUCCUUAAUGUAAGAGGUGGUCAUUGUAGGCCUCUAAGAUUCACAAUAGCGAGAGAAUGAAUGUUUAUAUAUUCUAUAACAUUGAAAAUAUUACAUAUUUUUUCAGAUCUUUCUUAAAGGGAUAGUUCACCCAAAAAAGAUAAUUCUCCCAUCAUUCACUCACUGUUAUGCUGUCUCAAACUUGUAUUAAUUUCUUUCUUCUGGGGAACAAAAAUGAAGAUUUUUAUAUGAUGUUUAUAUGAUGUGUUUUUGUCCAUUCAAAUGUAAGUCAAUGGGGUCCAAAACUUUCCAGCUCCAAAAAGGACAUAAAGGCAGCAUAAAGGAAAUCUCCUUUUUCAUUAUAACUGUGUGUAUAUCAUAUAUCUUUGAUUUGGAUGAACUAUCCCUUUAAUCUAUAUUAAUGCAACUAUAUUAAACUUACAGUUUUUAAUAAUAAUAAGAUAAUUUGUGGUGUCCAAUCUGUGAAAGUUUUACAGAAAUUAAUAGUACUUUUGAGAAAUAUCAUUAAAAUUAUGUACACUCUCAUGAGAAACUAUAGUUUUAUUUUGGAGCAGGUUGCCCCCUCAAGUGCCCCACCAUGUUGAGAUCACAUGACCAGCCCUGUAAUGAUCAAGUUAAUAGUACUACUACUACUACUACUACUAAUAAUAAUAAAUAUGUUAUAAAAUAACAACACUGAGUGUGCCAGUGCUAAAGGUGCUAAAACAUAUACAGUAAGUAUCAUCUAAACAAAGCAAGAAAACUGAACAAUAUAAGAACAAACAGAACCUUACUAAAAACACAACAUAAGUCCAAAGCAUAGUCCAAAAUGAUGGCACCAGUACAAACAGAAUGAGUGGAAUGGAAAAAUAAAACAAGCAGUGCCUGCUGUGACAAAUUGUGAUGAUCCGCAGCUCCCACGUCACAGAGCAAGAACAAAAACAAGGACAUCAAACACAGAGCGCGGAAAGAGAAUUAAUCCACAUAAAAAAACAUAGAAUAUAUGGGGGGACACUACCUGAAUGUUGACUCUAGCCUGAAUAUAUGUCAGUCAAGUUUUAGUGUGGACUAAAUUAUUCUUAUUUAAAAGAUUUUUGAACUAGGUGUUAGAAAUCAGCAUACAAAACCACUGCUAGAGAAAACACA